AUGUCGGACAGUAUCACUGUGACUCCUGAGAGUCUGGACGGUCUACGAAUCAAUGCAUUUCUUGUGCUUCUUCUUGCCGCUCUUUACUGUUUCCUUUUAUCUGCGGCAUUCAUAGCCAUAUACUCCCUCUUGAAGGACGGCAUCCGGUCUCUACAGAGCAAAGUCAAUCUGGCCGCUGUCACUGUGAUGACUACCCUCACGACAGUGUACACCAUAGUCACGAUUCUGCAACUCUGGGGCAACUUUGACCGUCUCGGAGUCAAGGAUCAGUCUCUGAGCUCUUUCGACACCGACGUCACCGUCGUCGGCGGGAGGCUUGAGUUCGCGGUUUUUGCUAUCAAUGUCAUUCUUGGAGACGUCAUCAUUUUAUGGCGAGCCAAUGUGAUCUGGUCGUGGCGACGGCGCAUUGUAUAUCCGUCAAUCGUCUUGCUCUGUAUCACAACCGUUUUGUGGAUUCUGGCCGGCAUCUGGGGCUCAUCCGCGAUAGCAAUCCCAGCAUCGUUAGCGACGAGUCUGUGGGCCACCAUCGUCGUCUCGGUCAAAGCUUGGCAACGCCGAUCCAUGCUUCGCAAGAAGGUCGCCAUCAUGUCGCGGCACAAUGCCCUAGAGAACGUCUUUAACAUUCUCACUGAGUCAGGCAUCGUGUUCACUCUACUAUGGGUCAUUUGUCUCAUUGCCAGUGAGGCGGUCUAUAACGUGGUCUUCGCCGAGGUUAUGACAAUCAUCAUGAUCGUCGCUGCGCCGCUCUACCCCACCAUGGUCGUCAUCCUCGUCGCGCAAAACAAGACCCCGAUCAGCAAUCAGCUCACCACGAUUGAGCCUAUCACUAUUCUGGACCCCGAAGUUGGCGAUCUCCUGGAUCAAGGCAGUAACAUCAGUAAAGACAACAUGACGUUGGACGACCUUCGUCGUUGA